GGUAUUCUUUGCUCUGCAACAGCUAACGUUUUUGUGACAGUGAGUCACACAUGCUCUACUCUGCCUCGCCAUCAAGCAGAAUUUCAACAUCAUCCAACCCACAAACGGACACGUGUCGCCGUUUCCAUCGAAACAGCUGAUAAAAAGUAACACUAGGUCAUUUUCUCCAAGCUUUUCGUCUCCGCAAUGUCGGCACUGUCACAAAUUCCCGUGGUUCUUAAUGUUGGUGGAACAAAAUUCUACACUACAGUUGAUACCUUGAGAAACUCUGCUGCUGCAGAGAAUAGCAUCUUCGUCAACAUGGAUUUAGCAAAUGGUGAGGUCUUCAUUGACCGUGACCCUACUGUUUUCAAGUACAUCUUGAACUACCUACGUGAUGGACGCGUCAUUUUUCCGGAUGAUGGACUGACUACAGCUUUGAUGUUUCAAGAAGCUAAGUUCUACGGCCUUGGGAAACUAGUCGGGCAGAUUUCCCUGAAAUCGAAGAAUGCUUCGGGAUACCACGAUAUCAAGGCGAAUCAUUGACAGUUUCUCGACUGAACUUCGACAACGCAAACAACGAUCUGAUUUCUUAUUGCCAAGAAUUUUCUGUAUUUCCGCGUAUUUUCUCCGAUGUCAAG